GUGCGAUGCUAUUGGUUGCCCGUUAUAACAUCAAGGGUGAUAGAAAUAUUUCUCUCGCAGUCUAAGAAACAGAGGGUGAGACGGACAGACACAGUAGGCUAAGGAAACACAUUCAGGUGUGUUCUUAAAAUCUCUGGAAGUGAUCCAAAAGAGGACUAUAGGAAGGGAAAUAAAGAGGGGGCGACCAUGGAAAGGUGGACUAAUUAACCCAUGACUACCGAGAGCGAUGGACAUUUUUUCUUAAGAGCAGAAGAUAUUUCUAAAUCAGAAUAUAUGAGACUCAGCAUGUAGACAUUUAGCAGGUUUCGGUUUAAAUUUCCUCUUCCCCCCCCCCCUCACCCAGAAUUGAAUAAUUUAUCCUGCGCAUCAGCAGACAAAUCUCAAUGUUUUUGGAGAAAUCUGGGGAUGCGUCUGAGAGAAAGAUGCUCAGCAGAGAAUUCUGACAUGGUGACGAUCCAAAUUGAAAGAGACGAGGAAAGAGUGGACUGUUCAGUGGCAGACACAUCUCCAACAAGACACAGGUAUUCUCUACUCGAUAUUAAGAUUGGCAACGAUAUUAAUACGUCCUUACUCAAAUUAUUAUGAAUAUUGUACUCUUGUAUUUGCAAGUCCUCUUCAGUGUGUGAUAUUGCCGUUGUGAGGAUAAUCCGUUUCAUUCGAUCAUUUGAAAGUCGAUACCAGUGUCUGUUGCCUCUCAGUUUGGUACAUAUUAUUAUGUUUAAUAAUUAUUAAGUUAUUUAAUGAUACAAUUGUAUUCCAAAAUCACCAGAUAUUUGCAUUGGCAGAAUAUAAGUCUCAACUAUUUAAUGUGCAAAGCAAUAGCUUGUAUCUUAUCAAAUUAUUAGUUCCGUGCAGUGGUAAAUAAAUAUUUUCCUCCAAAAUCUUUGCUGUAAAAUAAUAUAUUACAAUUACAACUCACUGGUAAUCUGCAAACUAUAGUUGUUUACACCUGUGUUAAAUAGAUAAACAGAUAAAUUGAAAGCCAUACAACAAACUACUGAACUAUCACAAGCCACAACCAUCUGAGACAACAAUCCUCACUGUUAUCCAAAGACAGUCCUGUGCUUAAUAUCGACAAGAAUCCUGUGCUUCUGCUGUCAUAGCGUCAGUCAGACACUUUGGGGCUUGCGACACUGUGAAAAGCAGAAAUGUGUAGGCUUUGUCUAAAGAGAAACUACAUGGAGGAGGAGGAGGAGGAGACAGACAUCUUGCCUGUCAGAGGCUGAAAAAGGAGCAUUAGGCCAGUGACAAACAACUGUGGCUGUGAAAAGACUUCCUAUAUCAAAGCCAGCCCCCCCGCUGUCACAAAUACAACAGAGACAACAUGAGUGCAACCAGGAAAGCCAAGAUGAUUAUUGAUUUUUACUAAAACGGAGGGAUCUGCCCUCCUGGACGACACAGACUCCGCUUGCAUCGGAGGAGGAAACAGAAAAUAACCUCCACUAAAAAGGAGGCAGAACCAUAGCCAGAGAGAUAGAGAGCAAGGGAUUUCCCUUCCUCUCUCUCUCGACCCAUCUCGGCAUCAUGCUGGCAGACUCAGCCAUGGCAUUCACCUUCGCGGCCUUCUGCUACAUGCUCACCUUGGUGCUGUGCGCCGCUCUCAUCUUCUUCGUCAUAUGGCAGAUCAUUGCAUUUGACGAGCUUCGCACAGACUUCAAAAACCCCAUUGAUCAGAGCAAUCCCACGAGAGCGAGGGAAAGGAUUCUCAACAUCGAAAGAAUCUGCAACCUGCUCCGCAGGUUGGUGGUACCAGAGUACUCCAUCCACGGGCUCUUCUGCCUGAUGUUCAUGUGUGCCGGAGAGUGGGUCACGCUCGGACUAAACAUCCCGCUGCUCUUCUACCACCUCUGGAGGUUUCUCCACCGGCCGGCUGACGGCUCGGUGGUCAUGUACGACCCCGUCAGUGUGAUGAACGCCGACAUUCUCAAUUACUGCCAGAAGGAGUCCUGGUGUAAGCUGGGCUUUUAUCUACUCUCUUUCUUCUAUUAUCUCUACAGGUCAGUUCAAAUUCACAAUCUUCUCAAUGAAGUUGAGUGAAAUGAAUGCUUUUUAGAUGUGUUGCAAUGUUUGAUGAAGUUACUGCAAAAAAGCAGCACAAUUACUUUUUUCUCCCAAUGUUUCCGUCUUUUUUCGACCCCGGGUUAUUUCCUGCUGAAGUAUGGUCUACGCCUUGGUGAGCUUCUAACAGACAGGAUAUCUGAUGGAAUGAAAGGAUGUAUCUGUAAGUAGGACUAAGAGGAACAUAUGGGGACAUCAUUUCUUCCUCCACAUCCUUCUUAAUUACUGGCUUGGGUUUUCAAACGUUUGACCGUGGACAAAACGAGAAGAUCAAUCUGAGUGAUAACGUGCGCUCGAUCACACGGCUUUGACCCCGGAGACUGUCGUCAGACAUUUGGACAAAGUGUCGAAAGAUUGAAACUAAACAGAAAGAGGACACAGCAGGUGGUUUGCCUUUGACCAAUUACACAAAUUGACACUAUAUUUCUGAAGGGCUGGAGUUUUCCCUUGCUGCUCUUACUGAUCCAGUCGUCAACUCACUGUGAAACUCCUAUCUCUUAGGGGCGGGGAAACAAAAUGACGUGUGUAUUCGUUGAUUUUAAAUGUCCUAAAAGCAGGAUUGUUUUGGUAUCAUUCCAUGUAUUUACGCUGAUCGACACUUUACAUUUCACACCACUUUUCUUGAUUGGGUUAUAGAAUAACUAUGAUCAAGUUAAAAUGUAAGGGAGAAAUUCAAAGCACUGUAAGGAAUUCAGGGGACAAGACAGGGAAAAGACUACACAUCAUGUUCCUUGAUGCCAGCCUCGGCCCAAAGUUAAAUUUCACACUGUCACAAAAACAAAGAAUUAAUCUUAAAUUUGACUGCAAAGGUCAGUCCUUGUGUAAUCUGAAUUUAAAAUAAGUAUGUCCAUUGCUGUAUUAACAUAUUUUAUGCUACAACUUAGGUUCAUGCUUCCAAAGAGCUUCACGCUCAGACAUUUAAUGCCAAACGUUAAUGUCUGAAAAAAACACAUUGCACCAAAUGAAGUCAUUAACAGGAGUGAAAAGAAUAAAUGACGGCACAGUAUCUUAAUCUACAUGAAAAGGCACUGUCUUACAUCGACUUUAUCAUCCUGCCAGUAAUUUUGAACUACAGCUUAUUUAUUAUUUCCAGAUGAAACUCGUUUGCAUUUAUGCUGUAGUCCUUUUUGCUCAGCAACCUUACUCUGAUCCGAGGUAGAAUAUAUAAAUCGUAUGUACAAAAAGCAAUUAAAAACAGCAAACUAUCAAUGUGAUAUGAUUAAUAAGACAUAUCGAUGCCGUGUUAUUCAGUGUUUGUAACAACGUUGUUUGAAAAUGUCAGAUGAGACAAUAAUGACUCUUUGACGACUUUUUAGUUGAUUCAGGAGUGUAAAGACAUUGACAUUGUCAUUAUAAUACAUCUACACAAUCAUUCAGCUUAAUAAGGGACAGACGUAAGACGGUAAUGAUGCUGUUGACCAAGAUUUGUAAACAAAUGAAGCCUUUCCUCAGCUGGUGCUGCCUUUGCUAUCACAUGUUCAUUAUAUUGAUCUAUAAGUAGAUACGUGAUGGUUGAAAUGUGUAGUUUUAACAUCCAUAGACAAACAGAGUGUGAUGUUUUUCAUACGCCAGCUCCAUGUGUGGUAAACUGUGGUGAGAACGUCUUAAGCCUAAUGAGGAUGUUACUCAUUAUGUCAGAAAAUGUACUAAAAAUCACAACUCAACAUGAGCUUACAUGAUGAUUUGACAAUGGUUGUUUCACUUAUAUUGGUAUUCAUACUAAUACUGUUUCGUUACUCUCAUUCUUUAAAUGACAAAAUAUAUUCUGGAAAACUUAAAUACAGAACAAAAACUUUAAUAAUUCACAAACAUUUUAAAUUUUAGUAUGGUAAUUUGUCAAUGUAAACAUAUUUGUUACAGGUUAAACACAAUUUCAAUUGGAAGCAAUAACAGAUGCCAAUAUUAAUUGGGCAAUAGGGUCCGGCUGGAGGAGUAAUUUUGUUUGUGUGUUGUUAAUUAAUCCCAUGAAAGACUAAAACCAACAGUGUGUUCUUUACUUCUCUUUCUCGGGCAGCCCCAAAUAAAUUUGUUUUCUGCUAAGUGUAAAUCUUUACAAACGUUCUUCAAAGUCAAUAAGUGAUUAAAACAGACACUUGUUUAUUAGGAGACUAAAAGAGGAGCAAACAGAGCAUUUCUUGGGUCCUGUUUUCAGCAGCAGAUAUUAGCAGCAUAUUUGCGGCAUGAUCAUUUAUUCCCGGGAUUGAUUUUCAAAAGUGUUAAUAAUUAAGGAACUUUUCCCCUAGUGUAAACUAGUACUCAAUCACUUUGUUAACACGCACACUCAUUUCAGACUAUCAUUUUAUACAGGUCAUGAAAACAGCAUAUCACCUUUUGAUACUUCUAAUUAGUCCCUAUUCUGCAUUCAGGUUUUAGGGGCAUUCUUAGGACACAACGCCUUCAGAACAUACUCAACGGGCGCCUUGCUGUUCAACGGCAGGUUCUGUGUGUUGUACUGAUUGUUGUACAUGAACAAACUUUCUUUACGACAAAAACACAAGCCCCCAUUUUUGGAUGUUUGCAAAGACCGGGAAGGAAUGAAGGAGGGAGGCUUUGUAUGCUCAAUCGAACAAGUCUACACGGCAUAAUGUGGAUCAGGCUUUUGCUACACAUGCACUGUCGGUUUUGGUCUUUUUACGGGAUUAUUCACAACAAAAAAAUAAAUCUAUAAAUUAUCAGAAUGUUCAUUAUUGUCAAAUGAUGUUUAUGGAUCUGUAGUAUCUGCUUCAUACAGUGCAUUACAUAUGCUUUACCUUUUAAGACAAAUAUCACAGCUUAACUGCAAUAGAUGAUAAAAAGAAGUUUAGAAAACAUUGUUUGCUCUGUGACACUGCAGUAGUUGCAUUAAGAAUGAAUGAAAUGCCAAAUGUUAUAAAAGCUCAGCACAAUACACAGUUCUUAUAUCUAUCACAGUCAGUUUAAUGUCACUUUGGUACCAAUGAAAAGUUUCGAGAAAACUUGUGGGAUUAGAAUCUCCACCAAAUUGCAACAGCGCCGAAGCAACUUAUAGUCUGUUACGGUUCCCGAAGACACACAUUAGACAAUACAUACUGUGCCAAAUGAUGCUCCCAUGUAGGUAAUCAAGGACUCUAAAACCUCAAAACUUUGCCAACAUUGUGAGUGUAUGACAAUCACUAUUAAAGCACAGCAACAUGUGGAAAAAAGGAGAAAACAGCUCAGUUGAAUGUCAUCAUGUAGUUGCUCUAGACAAAGCAUUUUAGAAAACUGUAUUUAGGUAUAUCUAUUUGUAUCUGUCUUUUGUACAUUUAUCAUCAAUGUAUGCUACAGUAAAUUUGGUGGAUUACUUUACAUUUAUUAGGUUACUCUAUGAUGUACAGUUAAUAAAAAGCGAUUCUCAUGCCGUAUUCUAAUAAAACAGUAAUGCCA